UCAUCUCAUGUUCACUUCACUGGGAAAUGAAAAUGAAUGAAGCAGAGGUGAAUGAUGGUAGAGUGGCAUCAAGCAGGAGUCACGGGUCCCAUGAAACACCUGUGGGUACCCCUGUUUCAAGGCAAAGCAGCCAAGAUUUAAAUCCUAAAAUGCCAAGUCACAAUGAGCGGUUUCCCGGGACCACCAUUGCAGACCUCAUUCCUGCCAACAUCUUGCACAAGUUCGGGACUGCAAAUGUGAAGAAGUUGGUGACAGAAGCGGAAGUAAAUUGCUCGAUUGAUCUGAGGGCCUUCAUGGAGUCUUUGGCUCAGCCCAGUCUCAAGCCCAGUCAAGCAGGCCCAGCAGCAGACGUUUCUUGUGACUUGGGCUCACCAUACCAAGCACUGGGUCACUCCCUGAGAGCCAACACUUUCCCAGGAGCCCCUCAGCCCGGCCAAUCUCUGUUCAAUGACUCCUUCACACCUGACGUGCCUGCCAAGUCUUGCAGGAACCCACAGGUCUGGUUCGGAAGAAGGACAGAUGACCUAGGUCGGUGGACAGAAAAAAACAUCCUUCACAGCCGUCUGAAGAAAGCUCUGGGCGAGGCGCAGAAAAGCCCUGGAAAAACUUAGAGCCUGCUCUUCCUGAUCUUCUCAUGGCUGGUGGUCAUGGACGAAAGGAUUUAAAGAUGACCGUACUGCUCUCUACACACUCCCUUUACCUCUAGGGUAUUUGCAUUUGAACCUUCAUUGUUGUAAUCAUCUUUGUCCACAGCUCCAGGUCAGUAUACAACAGGCUGCACAUCAACUUUUUCCUGCUCCACACAACAAGAAAUUGUGAGUUUAGGCUGACGUGACCUGAUGGUCUUGUUUCUUAAGGAUCCUAACAUAACAUUUCUCUUUACCUUUCCAAUGCUGUGAAGAUGGUAAAACAAAUUUAUGUUUGUGAAUUA